AUGCUCGAUAAAAUCAAGACUAUUGUCACUCGCCACGCUAGCCAAAGCGUUAGCAAAGCACUCACCACCGCGAAUAACCGCCCGUCAUUGAAGGAUGCCGUGAGCCAAGCGGCACAAAUGACGGCCAAGCUUCUCGGUGAGCGCGAGUGGCAGUGUCCUUGUGGCCACAAGUUUCGUGCUUCGGGUGAGUGGGUGGCGACUCUCCCCGUAUAUUGUGAGGUUCCUUCUUGCCCUAACCCAAAAUAUUAUGUGGAUGGCCCGGGAAGAGCUCUGCUGGAGGCGAACCCCUCUGGUGUGAGGUUGGGCGAGGUCAAGGCGGAGGGGAAGCCGACCAUCGCAUCGCUUCCCGGGGGCGUUUCGUCGCGGUUUAAAUGA